AUAACUGGUGCUACGCGCGGCGUUGUAUGCGCAGAAACUUUUUUCGGGUUUGAGUGUACGUCUAGAACUUCGCCACGUUCUUCUUUCUUUUGAUUUCCCAAAAUGGGUAUCGAUAUCAGCCAUAAGCACGACCGCAAGGUUCGACGAACAGAACCUAAAAGUCAGGAUGUCUACCUACGACUUCUUGUUAAGCUUUAUAGAUUCUUGGCCAGAAGAACUGAUGCCAAGUUCAACAAAAUUAUCUUGAGAAGGCUUUUCAUGAGCCGCAGAAAUCGCCCAGCAAUUUCUUUGGCUCGUGUCACUAGAUUCAUGAAGAAGCCAGGUCGUGAAAACUGUACCGCUGUUGUUGUUGGUACUGUCACCGAUGAUGCUCGUAUCUUCGAGAUCCCAAAAAUGACUGUAUGUGCUACACAUGUGACUGAGAAAGCUCGUGGUCGCAUCUUGAAAGCUGGUGGUGAAAUCAUCACCUUCGAUCAGUUGGCUCUUCGUUCACCAACUGGUAACAAGACUGUGUUGAUGCAAGGUCGCAGGAAUGCCCGUGAGGCCAACAAACACUUUGGCCCAGCUCCAGGUGUGCCUCACUCGCACACUAAGCCUUUGGUCAGAUCAAAGGGCCGCAAGUUUGAGAGAGCUAGAGGACGCAGGAAGAGCUGUGGUUACAAGAAGUAAACAUCUGUUGUUAAAAAUGAAAAAAAUAAAAUGUGUUUUUGACAUA